AUGACAAUUGUGAUAUUGAUCUUUGUACACGGGUUGACCGGCGACUACGAACAAACGUGGAAAGCAGAAAAUGCAGCGGACCCGUGGCCAAAGAGCUUAUUACCUUCUAUAAUCACAAAUGCUCGGUUACUCACAUUCGGAUACGAUGCGAACGUGAUUGGAAAAGGCCAAGUAUCGGAAAAUGGGCUUAGAGAGCAUGCAAUGGCUUUGGUGAAUGAUCUUGCGCGCGUCAGAAACAAGACAAAAACAAACGAACGUCCGAUUAUAUUUGCCUGCCAUAGCCUUGGGGGGCUCCUCUGUAAAGAUGCCCUCGGUUAUGCCAGAGACUGUCUAGAAGAGAGGCAUCGGCAGAUCAAUUGUUGCACUCGCGGAAUUGUUUUUAUUGGCACUCCUCAUCAUGGCUCCGAUCUUGCACCUGUUGCCAGAAAGCUGGCGAGAUAUCUGGGAAGAUUCAAACAGACUAAUUCUGCAAUCCUUGACGUUCUGGAAAAGGGCUCCGAUACUUUGUCACGGAUUCAGCGUGACUUUGCAAACAUGCUUCGUUCACGAAAUGAAGUGUCAAAAGACCCCAGCCAUUUAUCGCCCAUUGAGAUUGUAUGCUUCUUUGAAGAACUUCCAUUAGAUAUCGUUGGUACCGUUGUCUCCAAAGACUCGGCGAUCAUGCCGUCCUCGAAUGCGAUCGGACUCCACUGCAACCAUAUUGAUAUGACCAAGUUCGACGACAAGGAGGACGAGAAUUUCGACCGUAUCGCCGCAGAGCUCCAAGAGAUGUGCAAUAAAAUUGCGGGAGACAAGACCGACAAGACGGAUAGAACGAGCCUGGCUUCUCAUAGUUAG